UGUCCCUGGGCUGUCUGUCUGGCAAGUGGCAGGACUGGGACCCAGGCCAGAGCCCAACUGCGGCCUCUUGAGCCAGUGAGGUUCCUUCCCAGAUGAGGAGGAUGGUUGCCGAGGGGCCGGGGACACGCGCCCAGCCCAGCCUGCCUCCACCAUGCUCCUGCUGACACUGCCCCCGCUGCUGGCACUGCUGCUGGGCCCUGCCACGGCUGCUCCCCUGGCACCAAGGCCCUCCAAGGAGGAGCUGACCCGCUGUCUGGCAGAGGUGGUCACAGAGGUGCUGACCCUGGGCCAGGUCCAGAGAGGACCCUGCACAGCUCUUCUCCACAGAGAGAUGUGUGACACAGAGCCCUACGGCUGCCUGUCACCUGAGGAGAAAGCCUUGCUGGGUGGGGACUUCAAGAAGCGGGAGGCUGGAAAGACACGGAGCAGCCAGGAGGUGAGGGAGGAGGAAGAGGAGGAGGCGGCCGAGAGGAGCCACAGGUCCGAGGUCCAGGAGCAGCUGCACAGCCGGCUCCGGCAGGAGGAGGAGGAGGAGAAGGAGGAGGAGGAGAAGGAGGAGGAGGAGGAGAGCGGCCCCGUGGAGACCUUCGAGGACCUGUGGAAGCACCAUCUGGAGGGCGGAGGGGGCCCCCAGAGGCAGGUGACAGAGAAGGCCAGUGACGAGGAGACGGCCCAGUUCAAGGCAGAGGAGAAAGGGCUGAAGAUGCUGGGUGGGCACCGCAGCCUAUGGCAGGGGGCCAAGGCGGGCAGAGGAGAGGGGCACAGGGACCUGCCGCGCCACCAUCACCAGCAGCAGCCGCCGCCAAGCCCUGGGGCCAAGCAGGAAGAGGCUUCAGAGAGGGAGGAGCACGACCUGGAGCGGCUGGAGCACGUGUGGGAGGAGCUGCAGAAGGCCGCUGCCAUGCUGGGGGAGGGGGUCAGGAGGGAGGGCUGACCCUGGCUCAUGCCCCCAGCACACCCAAUGGCUUAGGACUGUUGGCCCCAAGCCCCCACCUCACCUGGCACUCCACUCCAGCCCCCACCAUGAUGGGGGGCAGGGUGUGCUCUGAACCAAUCCUGAGGGGACAAGUCCAAGCCGGGCGGGGUCUGGGCCGUCUCAGCUCAGGACCCCCCCCAGCCAGCUGGCCCACUGCCACCUCCGAGUGAAUAAAGCACAGAGAAAACCA